UUUAUCAGCGGCUCUGACCACAUUGCUUCUGACGCCUACGCCUGAAAAGGCACAAGCUUGAAGCCUCUGCUUCGUGAAGCCAAAGAAUGGAUGCCCAAGAAAGAGCAGCUCUAGAUAUUUCCACCAGAAACCCUCAAGAAGACUUUGAACUUCUGCAGCGAGUUGGCGGAGGGACCUAUGGGGAAGUCUAUAAGGCAAAAAACAAAGAAAGCGGGAAACUGGCUGCGAUAAAGGUUGUCAAGAUAGAAGCCGACGAUGAUUGUGCUGUUAUUCAGCAAGAGAUCCUGAUGGUGAAAACGUGCAAACACCACAACAUCGUUGCCUACUAUGGAAGCUAUAUUCGAUUUAACAAACUGUGGAUUUGCAUGGAGUUCUGUGCGGGUGGCUCUCUUCAAGAUGUCUACCAAGCUACUGGACCCUUGACAGAGCUGCAAAUUGCUUACGUAUGUCGAGAAACAUUGCAAGGUCUUUCUUAUCUUCAUAACCAAGGGAAGAUUCAUAGAGAUAUUAAGGGAGCCAACAUUCUCCUCAAUGAUCAUGGGGAAGUAAAACUGGCUGACUUUGGUAUCUCAGCUCAACUCAGUGCUACAUUUGCCCGGAGGAUGUCUUUCAUCGGUACACCUUACUGGAUGGCCCCAGAAGUGGCAGCGGUGGAGCUCAAGGGAGGAUAUAAUGAACUGUGUGACGUGUGGUCAGUUGGGAUCACAGCUAUUGAGUUGGCAGAGCUCCAGCCUCCUCUGUUUGAUACACACCCUUUGCGGGUCUUGGUCUUGAUGACAAAGAGUUGCUACCAGUCUCCGAAGCUCAAGGAGAAAGGCCGGUGGACGCCAGCCUUCCACAACUUUGUCAAGGUGACACUAACAAAGAACCCCAAGAAGAGACCCAGUGCCUCCAAGAUGCUUACUCAUCAAUUUGUUGCCCAGCAAGGCCUUGGCCGCAACUUGACCCUUGAUUUACUUGAGAAGCUACGUGAUCCUGACAAACUCUCCAGCUGCCGAUGUGAGACAGAAGAAGAGGAACAAGAGCCCCCUCCUCCGGUGCCUCGAAGAAUUCGCUCCAGCCAACGACAAGAUGUGACCUCUCCUGGGUAUGCUGAACCACAAGCUCAUAAUUUCCUCCUUGAUCGCAGAAACCGGCGGAGUCUAGAGUCUCCAAAUUUCACGGAAAAUACCACAGACCCUGGUUAUGGGACUGGCAGUGACCUCUACAGCUCUCCAUUCAGUGGCAGAGAAGCAACAACAGACUCGGACAAUGAUUAUGAUGAUGUGGACAUCCCCAGCAGACAUCAUGCAAGCAGUGAAUCCUUAUCUGCCAACGUCCCACCUCCACUACCUCCAAAGCCUAAACUCCGGACCCCAUCAGAUGAGACCGGGGUGGAGCGAUCGGCCACAAGGUGCCCUUCCAAGCCCAUAUUCCGGGGAAGAUGUUCCAGUGGACCGGUCACAAGCAGGGCUCCACAAUUAAUGUCUCCAAUGGCAGCUGAGGGAUCACACAGCUUUGCCAGAUCAGUCCCUGAAUUGCGGCCCAUUCCCCCAGCUGAAGAGCCACCCAUCCUUCCACCCAAACCAGAGAAGAAAGAGAAACAAGACCGAGCACUUUUCAAAAAGGUGUUUAAUGAAUGCCCCUUACACAUCAUCUCAGCUACUAGUUGGACACAUCCAAACACCAAUGAACUUCAUUUAAUUCUGGGUGCUGAAGAAGGGAUCUUUGCCUUGAAUCGGAACGAGCUUGAGCCCACCCUAGAGCUGCUCUAUCACAGCCGCACAACAUGGGUAUACUGCAUUGGGAAUGUCCUCAUGUCACUUUCUGGAAAGUCCUCGCAGCUCUUCUCCCACAGUUUGCCGGGCCUCUAUGAGCAGAGCAGACGAGAGCAGCGGCCUGGGAUGGCCAUUUCUCCCCACAGACUGCUACCUAGGAAAAAUGUCAUCACCACAAAGAUCCAAGAUACCAAAGGAUGCCAGAGAUGUUGCACAGCCAUGAAUGCACAAAGCAACUGCCACUACCUAUGUGGAGCACUGGAGGCUGGUGUGGUGCUGUUGCAAUGGUAUGAGCCCAUGCAGAAAUUCAUGCUGGUCAAGUAUUUUGACUUCCCGCUCCCCUCUCCACUGCCUGUCUUCGAGAUGCUUGUGGCUCCUGACCAGGAGUAUCCCUUGGUUUGCUUUGGAGUGAGCAAGGGACCCUCAGGGCAGGCGGUCCAGUUCCGGAUCAUCAACCUCAAUUCACUUACCUCCUGGUUCAUUGAUGACAGCAGCGCACCUGCAUGCUCUGACCCUGUUCAGGUGACCCAGCUGGACAGCAAGAGAGUACUGGUUUUGAUGCACAAGAGCAUCCAGUUCGUCACCCUCCAAGGGCUGCUGCUUCAGAGCCCUCCACAACUGACCUGUGACGUGGAAGUGGAGUCACUUGCGGUAGUGCACAACACUGUGUAUGCAUUUUGGCGGCAUGGAGUGCAGACGUGGCUUAUUGGAUCACGACAGGUGGCACAGGAUCUGCGGGAUAAGCGAUGGACCUUCCGUCUACUGGGAGCCUCCAGCAUUGUUGUGUUAGAGACGCGGCCUGUGGAUGAACCCAACUCGACCAGCAACCUCUAUGUGCCAGAAUGACCCUCGCCCAACGUUUACCUACAUGGCAUUUGUACAUACAGACUCGGGCAAUUGCAGCCCUCUUUUUUGAGCCCCUUGGGCUGCCUCUGUAUCUUCAACAUGGACAGCCUUGCAGGAGGCAUGGGAGGACUGAGAGGAAAGCAUCUGUCACUUCCCUCGGUGGUGCUUCAAAAACAGUAAGAGGAGGACUGGGUUGGGACACCCACUCUGCAUUUUAAUUUGCCUGGCACAAGUCAUUUCUCCUGGUAGGCACAGAGAGGUGUCAGUUUCCUGGUUUCCCUUUACAUGCAAACUUCACUUUAGUAAAGAAUGAGUUCAUCUC